ACCGGCCCCGCUGGGCGGGUGCCUGGCCCUUUAAGGGCCGCCCCCGAGGAGGUGCCAGGCCCUGGUAGCUCCGCUCUCCUUCCUGGUCCUGCGGGGCCGGACUGUCCGUGGGGCUGUGGCAGGGGGCCGUGCCUGUGCCCGCCCAAGUGUCCCCGGCCUGGCCCCAUGGCCCUGGUCACAGUGAGCCGCUCGCCCCCGGCCAGCGGCCACUCCACGCCUGUGGGGCCCACGGAGCGGGCGGUGAAGCGGAGAAAUCGACUCCAGCGCCGGCAGAGCUUUGCGGUGCUCCGUGGGGCUGUCCUGGGACUGCAAGGCGGAGGGGACGAUGGUGGUACAGCUGAGGCCAGCCCAGAGCCAGCAGAGGAACCCCUGGGUGAGGAGCAGCCCCAUGGGGACCAGACAGACUACGGGCAAGAGCCCCAGAGUCCCCAGAAGCAGGAGCAGAGGCAGCACCUGCAUCUCAUGGUGGAGUUGCUGAGGCCGCAGGACGACAUCCUCCUGGCAGCCCAGUUGGAGGCAGCUCGGCCACCCCGGCUCCGCUACCUGCUGGUAGUUUCCACACGAGAGCACCCGGGCCAGGAUGAGACCGUCCUCCUGGGGGUGGACUUCCCUGACAGCAGCUCCCCCAGCUGUACCCUGGGCCUGGUCUUGCCCCUCUGGAGUGAUACCCAGGUGUACUUAGAUGGAGAUGGGGGCUUCAGCGUGACAUCUGGUGGGCAGAGCCGAAUUUUCAAGCCCAUCUCCAUCCAAACCAUGUGGGCCACGCUCCAAGUGUUGCACCAGGCAUGUGAGGCAGCUCUAGGCAGUGGCCUUGUACCCAGUGGGAGUGCGCUCACCUGGGCCAGCUACUACCAGGACAGACUGAACUCUGACCAGAGCUGCCUCAAUGAGUGGACGGCCAUGGCUGACCUGGAGUCUCUGCGGCCUCCCAGCACUGAACCUGGGCGGCCCUCGGAACAGGAGCAGAUGGAGCAGGCGAUCCGGGCCGAGCUGUGGGAAGUGCUGGACACCAGCGACCUGGAGAGCGUCACUUCCAAAGAGAUCCGCCAGGCCCUGGAGCUGCGCCUGGGGUGUCCCCUCCAGCAGUACCGAGACUUCAUCGACAACCAGAUGCUGCUGCUCAUGGCGCAGCAAGACCGCGCCUCCCGCAUCUUCCCGCACCUCUACCUGGGCUCAGAGUGGAACGCGGCCAACCUGGAGGAGCUGCAGAGAAACAGGGUCAGCCACAUCUUGAACAUGGCCCGGGAGAUUGACAACUUCUACCCAGAGCGCUUCACCUACCACAAUGUGCGCCUCUGGGAUGAGGAAUCAGCCCAGCUGCUGCCCCACUGGAAGGAGACUCACCGCUUCAUCGAAGCUGCCAGGGCGCAGGGCACCCGGGUGCUAGUCCACUGCAAGAUGGGCGUCAGCCGCUCGGCUGCCACAGUGCUGGCCUACGCCAUGAAGCAGUACGGCUGGAGCCUGGAGCAGGCACUGCACCACGUGCAGGAGCUGCGGCCCAUCGCCCGCCCCAACCCUGGCUUCCUGCGCCAGCUGCAGACCUACCAGGGCAUCCUGACUGCCAGCCGCCAGAGCCACAUCUGGGAGCAGAAAGUGGGUAGGGUCUCCCCAGAGGAGCCCCUGACCCCCGAAGUCUCUACACAAUCCCCACCUCUUCCGCCAGAACCGGGGGGCGGUGGGGAGGUGAAGGCCGUGGGCUUGGAGAAGAGCCAGGCAGCCCCGAAAGAAGAGUCUGGGCCAAGGCCCCGCAUCAACCUCCGAGGGGUCAUGAGGUCCAUCAGUCUCCUGGAGCCCUCCCCGGAGCUGGAGAGUGUCUCAGAGGCUGGUGACCUGCCAGAGGUUUUCUCUUCCCGGGAGUCUUCAGAUGAAGAGCCUCCGCAGCCCUUCCCUCAGCUCUCAAGGGCCAAGAGAGGCCAGCAGCUUUGCCAGGGGACUUGGCCUGCCCUGAAGUCCCGCCAGUCUGUGGUUGCCCUCCAGAGCGCUGCCCUGGUGGCCAGCCGGACCCGAGCCUUCCAGCAGCUGGGGCAGGAGCAGGGGCAGGGGCAAGGAGAAGCUGGUGUUCCCUCCACACCCAGGCUCCGGAAGGUGGUGAGGCAGGUCAGCGUGGAUGACAGCAGAGAGGGGGGCGAGGCCUGAGCUCUCACACACUCAUGUCCCCCUAGACACUAAAUGCAGGAUCCACAGCUCCUCGGAGGAACACCCUCACCCCUGUCGCCCAUACACACUGCUCCUAGCUCUUCCCCAGGAGCCCCCACACCUGUCACUACAGCUUCACCUCCUACAGCCUUAAGUCUCAGACCCACGUCCACCUGUCCAAGGGCUCAAGACUUUAUAAUUGGGAUGUGGUAGAGACUGAAGGUGCCUUUGGGGGCGCUAGCACCCUACUUCCGUUUUCAACUCUUUCCCUAAGAUACUCACCUGUAGCCAGGGAAUAAAAACAGCUGCCCAGUGGG